AUAUACAAAACCCUAUCUGUUUCUGAUUUUGUAUUUUAUGUAUGCAGCCAAUGAGGCAUUUGAGAAGGUGGCAAGCUAUGGGCUGAUGCCUAAUAUGAUACUUUACUUGAUGAGGGACUAUGGGUUGGAGAUGACAACAGGAACCAACAUAUUGUACAUGUGGUCUGCAGCUACCAGUUUCAUGCCCCUCAUUGGAGUUGUCCUUUCUGAUUCUUACUUCGGCAGAUUUCAGAUGAUUGGAUUUGGAUCCAUUGCGUCUCUUCUGGGGAUGAUUCUUAUAUGGCUAACAGCUAUGAUUCCACAAGCCAGGCCUCCACCCUGCGAUCAAUCUGCCCAGAGCUGCCAAUCCCCAACAUUCUCCCAACUUUCAUUGCUUUGUUCAUCAUUUCUCCUAAUGUCGAUCGGCAGCGGAGGCAUCAGGUCAUCUUCAGCAGCCUUCGGGCUCGAUCAGCUGUACAAAGGGAACAUUAAUUUGGGAACCAAAAGGACUUUAGAGAGUUUCUUCUGUUGGUACUAUACUGCUGCCACAGUUUCAGCCCUCAUUGCUCUUACCUGCAUUGUGUACAUUCAAGACCACUUGGGGUGGAAAGUGGGCUUUGGAGUUCCUGCCAUUUUUAUGUUUUUGUCCACUCUUUCAUUCUUCUGGGCCUCUCCAUGGUAUGUCAAGUUGGAGGCCAACAGAAGCUUGUUUGUGGGGCUUGCUCAAGUAGUCGUUGCUGCUCACAGAAACAGACAUGUUGAACUAAAUUCAUCAAAGAACACAGAUCUUAAACUUUAUUACAAUAAUGUAGAAUCAAACCUCAAGGCACCAACCGAGAAACUAAGAUUUUUUAACAAAGCCUGCAUUAUUACAAGUCCAGAGAAGAACUACAACCCAUGGAGCAUUUGCACAGUGGAUCAAGUAGAAGAGCUUAAAGCAAUAAUCAAGGUGAUUCCAUUGUGGUCAACAGGAAUCUUGAUGUCAGUCAGCAUGAAUCAGGGAUCAUUUCCAUUGCUACAGGCAAAUUCCAUGGAUAGAUGCAUCACUUCCAAAUUUGAAAUCCCAGCAGGCUCUUUUGGUGUAUUUACGGUAGUAGCUAUUGUAAUAUGGCUUCCUCUCUAUGACCGCAUAAUCCUCCCCCUGGCAUCCAAAAUCAUGGGAAAACCAGUUUGUCUCAGUGCCAGGAAAAGAAUGGGGAUUGGACUGCUACUCUCUUGCAUGUCCAUGGCAGUGUCUGCUAUUGUGGAGAGCCAUAGACGGAGAACUGCAGUCUUGAAAGGAUUUUCUGAUGACCCAAAAGUUUCAGUAAGCAUGUCGGCUAUGUGGCUAGUGCCCCAACAUUGUCUGGGUGGCUUCGCUGACUGUUUCAAUGCAGUGGGGCAAAGUGAGUUCUACAUUUCUGAGUUCCCUGAAAGUAUGACAGGCAUUGCAUCCAACCUCUGCGGAUUUGGAAUGUCUAUUGCAAACUUGUUAGCAAGUUUUAUAUUGAGCACUGUUAAUAACAUCACUAGAAGAGGGGGAAGAGAGAGUUGGGUUUCCACUGACAUUAAUAAGGGUCACUUUGAUUACUAUUAUUGGCUUCUUGCUGCUUUGGGUUUGGUUAAUUUUGUGUAUUUUCUUGUUUGUUGUAAAGCUUAUGGUCCUCGUGGGGGAGAAAGGUUUAAUGUUAGGCAUGAGGAGGAAGACAUGACUGGACAAUAUUCACCCAUACAUGUCUGA